AUAAUGCGCCAUCUACUGGAAAGUCUAACAGCGUUAGAGUUUGUAAACAAAUACACGUAGAGAAAGGCCGCGUGGAAGGCGCUUAUAUUGAAUGGAUUGACUCACUAUAUUGAUCACUUGAUAUUGGAAUAAAUCGGUAUGCUGACAUCAUACAACAUAGCAUACCAUACUGUGAUUACAUCAGCGGUAUGCCAUUGUAGAGCUUUGAAGUUACCAUUACUCACAAAGAACUGCACUUUUUAUAGCAUUUAUUGUGACUUUUUAAGUGAAUCUUUGUCCUUGUUGUGACUGUGUGUGUCACUGCAGGUAGGGAAAAGUUGUGAAGAUUCCUGCAUCAUUUUCGUUUUAAAAUUGCUUGAAAUGGCAGAGAGGGUAUCUAGUCCUUGCACUGUGGAAAAACUGAAGAAAAUUAUCCAAGAUGUACGGCCGUCUUCCUCAAGACCUCCUGACAAGACUAAGAACAGGAAAGACCCAACCUGGUCAGCCAUUCUGCAGAUACAGGCACAUUCCAUGACUAACAGAUACAAUGAGGUGUAUCCAGGGAUUUUCCUCGGCGAUCACUCAUUAGCCAAAAAUAAAGAAGAACUUGUCUCCCUGGGUAUAACUCAUCUUCUUAAUGCUGCAGAGGGAACAAAAUUCAAUCAGAUCAGUACAAAUCAGGAAUAUUACCAGGACGUAAAUAUUAAAUAUUUUGGAAUCCAUGGUCAGGAUGUUAUGACUUUCAAACUGUCCAAGUAUUUCAAAGAAGCUGCUGAUUUCAUAGAUGAAUGCUUGAAAUCUGGAGGGAAAAUAUACGUCCAUUGCUUUGAAGGAGUCAGUCGAUCUGCCACAUUGGUGACGUCAUAUCUCAUGUUAAAGCAGGGCCAGACUGCCGUGGAUGCACUGACAUUACUGAGACAAAAGAGGGAGGUCAUGCCAAAUACAGGAUUCAUGAAACAGUUAUGUGAACUGGAUGAAGAAUUACGAGUGCACUGACAUUACUGAGACAAAAAAGCUAAGUCAUGCCAAAUACAGGAUUCAUGAGACGGUUAUGUGAACUGGUAGGUGAAUAAGAGGAAAAAAAUCUAUAUUAUAAUAGCAGAUCACCCAAAGUCUCCAUUUCACGUUUUUCUCCCAAACUACAAUGAACUGUUGACUACUGACAGGUGUUAGCAAUACCUUAGGGCAGUGGAAAGAUAGUGGCCACAGUUUGAAUUUGAUUACAACUGUUAAAAGUAUAUUUUGAAGGCAUUUGAUGACCCAAUGGUAAUGUCCUUGGCUGCCAUACAUGGCGGAGUGGGUUAGAUUUCUACUCAGUCCCUUUUUUUCUUUCAUUUUUUUAAUAUUAUUAUUAUUAUUAUUAUUAUUAUAGUUACAAAACCUUUGACUCAGGGCAAGUGUGGAAAUAAGACUUUCACACAGAAUAUUGUACAUAAAGAGAUUCUAUAAAUUGUGUAUACUAAUCUCUUCUCAUGGUUCAAUGACUGAUGUGAUGGGUAUCAGCUAGUUGUUAUAAAUUCUGCAACUUGAAUGACAUGUCAACGUUUGGUUUAUGUUACAUCUCCAGGAGCUGGGUGAAGAAUUUUAUUAAUAAUUAUAUAAUAAUGAUAAUAAUUUAAAUAUUUAUCUAAUGUAUAGCACCCUCAAUUUCUUACAUUUCAGUGCACUUUACAAUUAUAAUAUAAAGAAUUACAGUACUUAAAUACAGACUUACUUUUAAAGCUUAAAAACAUUAAUCAUAAAAACUUUAAAAAGGACUAAUUUUAAGAGAGGCUUUUAAACUGUCAAUUACCUUCGCAUCUUAUAUAAAAAGGCAGUUCAUUCCACAAAUUUGGGGCUAAAACAAUAGAAGCUCUGCCUCUGUAAAGUUUGUUACAGUCCCUCUCUAUUUCACAGUG